CUGAACUAAUCCAACAUGGCAGCCCCAGCAAGCGCUAAAGAUGAACAAGACCUUCUUGAAAGAGUAUUUCUCCGCGUUGCUUCGGCCGAGUCUGAUGAUCAACUGGAGAAGACAGUGAAAACGUUUUUGUGCCCGGUUCUACUAAAGGUUUCUAGUCCCUAUCAAGAAGUCAAGAAUAAGGUAAUGACUAUACUGACUCAUCUCAACAAGCGUUUGAAGAGCCGACCACAAAUCCAGCUCCCUGUGGAUUCCCUGCUGUCACAAUAUCAAGAUGAAACAGUGCCAGCCUUUGUUACUAAUUUUGACAUGAUAUAUCUAAGAAUGGGUUUUCCACGACUCACUCUUGAAAAACAAGCAGAAUUGGCUCCACAGCUGAUAAAAUGUCUUCAAGAUAAACCACAACCUCAGCAACACUGCCUCCUGCAGCUGGUUUUACCAGUCUUAGGUCAUUUAAAAGUUCCAGAUUCCACGGAGGCAAGAGAGAAGAUGUUUGAAUUUACAGAGAAGCCAAUGGUGUUACAGAUGUUACAGGAUUUUCUUCUUGAUGUUCUAUUGAUGCCGUACAGCACAACAAGACGGAAGCCAAAUGUGGUGAUAAUAGGGUCUGCGCCCUCUCAAUCUUCAGAAUCAAAUACAGCUGCUGAAGAAUCAGACCACUCCUCCAGUCCUCCCCCUGCCACACCUCCCUCUGAGGCUCCACCUGGAUUGAGUUUGGCAGCUGUGAAACGAGUUACUGGUGAUGUCCCCUUUGAGCCAAACAAACUAGAGCAGAUUAAACUUGGAACUCUGAAAUUCUUAGCACAAGAUUUGUUUGAACCCAGUGACAUUAUUUGUCAUUUCCUGGUAGCUACAGGAGACACUAGACACAGUGUGCUGGAUGUUGGGGAUCAUGAACUAAAGAGAAUAUCAAGCUCAACAGAUUUUGAGAAUCCAAAGGUUGUAAAUAAGAUGCUUGGUAUCUUUCAAGGAACUACACCUGUUGCUGGAGCUACAAACCAGGCAGCCCAAAUCCCACCAGAUGAGAAGAGAUUGCCAGCAGGUGUUAGACUGAAGAAGAGAAUAUUUCCUUACCUUCUAAGGUCUAGACGGGCUGCUGAUCAAUUCCCAGCCUGUCUACAGAUUAUAUUCGAUAGUCUCUUUGGCAAGGAGCUCAACAGCAAGCUGAGGGUGAAUGCAGUUCAGUUUGUCCACCAUAUCUGUUUGUGGAGUUCUGAGAAAGUAAUGAACAUGAUAGGACCUGUUCUUCUAGGUGGAAUGACAAAAUUGAUCAAUGAGGAUAAACAGGAUCCAAAUCUGAAACGAUUGGCAUAUACAGCUAUUGGAAAGCUGGCAAAGCGCCUUCCCCAGCUAUUCUGCAAAGAUGUGGCACUAAUUCAAAGGCUCUUCCAAGCCCUUUGUCAGGAAGAAUCUGACAGUCGUCUAGCAGUCCAGGAAGCAUUAUCUAUGAUGGCACCAUCAUAUAAAAAGGCAGAUGCCACUAUACUUGCUUUGAUAGAAAGUCUUAUACUCAGCUAUGUUGAACAGGAGACACACCAUGCAAGACUCGUCGCUGUGCAGUUUGCCAAUGCCGUGUUCGCCAGGACACACGUUUCAUCCCGCUAUGUGUGUAUGUUGGCUGUGGCGGAUGUGAAAGAUGAUGUUAAAGAAGAAGCAAGAAGAGGAUUAAGGGGGACACAAGUGGCUGGUAAUGCACUUAGUGAGGGUAGCAGUGGAAGCAAAGAUGAACUUCCUUCCUUCUCAGAGAUGGUGUCGUUCGUGGCUCAAAAGAGUCUGGAAAGAUUGAGAAGCAAGAAUUGCUACACAGCAGGAACAACUGCGUUGCCGUUUGCUCCGCUAGUAUUUUCACAGGUGUUACUGUAUUUGCAAAAAUGUCUGGAAUAUGCAGCUGGCGUGACGGAAGAGGACCGGAUCAAAAACUGCAUUCUUCCAUCUGUCGCACAAUAUGUGAAGAAACUCCUUGAAGAUGUUCCGUCAGAAGACUUCCAGUCAAGUGCCGUGGGAAAGUACAUAGACCUUGUGAAACAGGCCCUCCAACCAAUAGGAGGAGCUGAUCUUCACGCUGUGGCUCUUUGUUGUCUUCUGCAAGUUGUAUCUGUUGCACCAAAUCAAUUGGCAGGAAUGUUUCAUGGAAAACUCGACUGGAUCAAGAGUUUUACAUUUUCAAGUAGAGAGGACGCCCGUCAGUAUGCUGGUCAGUUAUUGGCAGUAGUUACCUGUACAAUGGCUGAAGAAUCUUUCCUGAAUGUGGUUAGGGAACUGUCUGCGGCACUUGAUAGUGAGCUGUUUGAGAUGCAGCUUGGUUCAGUGAGCACACUGGGUUUCGUCAUAGCGAGACAUCUUUACCAGAAUGCCUUAAAAGCAGCAGGCAAGCAAGACUUGAUGUUAGAAGACAUGGAGGUUAACGACUCCGGGAAUGUUGCAUCUGUAGCUACGGAAGAGGAGCUUCUGACAAGCAGUGUGGAAAAACUAGUGAAACUCCUGAACAGUAGAAAUGCAUUGAUAAGUUGUUCUGCUUGUCAUUCUAUUGGCGAGAUUGGUCGAAAUGGACCGCUUCCUCUUCCUGCUGGAAUCGAAACGAUGGAGCAAGAUGAAGCCACUGGGUCAUCAGGUACAGAAGAUCAUGUAAGCAAGUUGUCAGUAGUUGAAAAAUUGCUCGACACGUUGGAGAACUCAAAGGAGAAUAAGGUCAAGGAACAAGCCGCCCAUGCCCUUGGUUUUCUUUUGGUUGGAGAUGAGAAUUUCCCGCAUCAUGAGAAACUGAUUGACGGCUUGUGUGGAGCUUCCAAGAUCCGACAAGUAGAGGUGCAGUUCACAAUAGGGGAGGCCCUGUCAUGUGUAGGGGCAGGUAGAACGUCAGAGGUUGCCCGUGAUCCUUGGGUAGUGGAACAACUUCCAAGUGCUGCUUGUGAUAAGAAAGAUGGGAUCAUGCAGGAACUCACUGAAAAGAUUGUCAACAAAUAUGCAACCAGUCCAACCCCAUACGUCAGACAAGCCUCUUGCAUUUGGUUGCUGUCACUUGUGAAGUAUUCCGGGAAUCACAAAGUUGUUCAGGCAAAGCUUAAAGAAAUCCAGAUAGUAUUCAUGAAUAUGUUGGCAGAAACCGACGACCUCACUCAAGAAGUAGCUUCAAAAGGUCUGGGUCUCGUAUACGAACAUGGCGACGGGGAGAGCAAACAGGAGCUUGUAUUUUUAUUGGUCGAUACGCUGAUGAAUGGCAGAAGGCCAACCCAGCAUCUUACCGGUGACACCAAGUCUCCUGAAGGGGGAGGAGCAUCCAUCUACAAGGAGUUAUGCUCCAUUGCAAAUGAUCUUCACCAGCCAGACCUAAUUUACAAGUUUAUGCACCUCGCAAAUCAGAACGCUCUUUGGAACUCCCGGAAGGGUGCAACGUUCGGGUUUUCAUCCAUAGCUGCUCACUCAAGAGAGCAAUUGGAGCCGUACCUUCCUAAGAUUGUACCAAAGUUGUUCAGGUACCAGUAUGAUCCCAAUACGAAGAUACAACAAGCGAUGGCCAGCCUCUGGGCUGCUCUUGUGCCAGAGACAAAGAAAACGGUGGAUAAAUACGUAAAAGAAAUAAUAGAAGACUUAAAAACAAGUCUAGAAAGUUACUUAUGGAGAGUAAGACAGUCCAGUUGCAUGGCUCUCAGUGAUCUCCUCAGCGGUCGAUCAAUAGAUGACAUGCUCGAGUCUCUCCCUAGGCUCUGGGAGCUGUGUUUUAGAGUACGAGAUGACAUAAAGGAAACUGUCAGACAGGCGGCCGAGGUAGCUUGUAGGACACUAAGUAAGGUGUCUAUUCGUGUAUGUGAUGUGAAUCAAGGCAAGCUUGGGGAAACAGCCAUCGCAUUAGUCCUUCCAACUCUGUUACACAAGGGAGUGGCGAACAGUGCAGAAGAGGUGAGAUCAAUAAGUCUUUCUACGAUAGUGAAGAUCAGCAAGAAUGCGGGUGCUCUGUUAAAACCUCACAUUCCAUUGCUGGUAGUCGCUCUCCUGGAGUCGCUCAGUGGCUUGGAAGACCAGUCCAUGAACUACUUGAGUUUACAACUCCAUAAAAGUGAAGACGUUCAAGAGAAGCUCGAAGGAGUGCGAAUUGCUGCCUCCAAGAUGUCUCCUAUGAUGGAAACAAUCAACAUGUGUGUGCAAUAUGUGGACGAGACAGUUCUCCCAGAACUCGUCCCAAGACUAUCUGACCUUUUACGAACCGGAAUUGGACUGGGAACAAAGGCAGGAUGUGCUAGUUUCGUCGUCUCUCUUGCCAUGCAGUGCCCCCAGGAAUUGAUUCCAUGUGCUGGGAAACUCCUCAACGCGUUGUUGUCUGGAUUAAGCGAUCGCAGCGCCUCUGUCAGAAAAUCUUACGCCACAGCUAUUGGUCAUCUGGUCAAGGUCGCAAAGGACAGUACAGUGGAGAAAAUUAUUGAUAAAAUAAAUAAAUGGUACUUUGAAAAGGAAGAUGAAGGUUUGAGAUUAGCCUGUGGUCUUACUCUUCAGGCAAUGUCACGGUUUUCCCCGGAUGUGAUGAAACGUCACGCAGCCAAGGCCCUUCCAGCGGUCUUCUUUGCCAUGCACGGCAAGAAGGCAACAGGUACUGAAGCAGGAAUUCGAUUCUAUUUGGACGAAAUAGUCUCAAUCACGUGUCCAGCUCUGACGUCACAAUCAUGGACAACUAGGGCCCAAGCCGCCGUGACGAUUUCUGCCGUGGCGCAAAAGCUGGGUUCUUCUCUCGGUCAGCCUUACCUUGGUAAGUUGCUGAGUGCUCUAGUCAGCGGAUUAUCUGGAAGAACAUGGACGGGCAAAGAAUCUGUACUGUCUGCAGUAUCCUGUGUUUGUAUCAAGUGCAGGAAGUCAAUAGAAGACUCAUCUCCAAGAGUUGAUCCAGAUAUUGAGAAAAUAAACACGGAGAGCGUUUUUGUUCCAUACUCACAGUAGCCCUUACUUCAAACACUUGGAAGGUUCAAGUCGUGGUUUUAGCAGCCAUUAAGUUAUUUGUUGAAAGGAUGAAUUGGGUUAAUGGAACACCCGAUGGCUCAGGAGAAGAGAGUAUUCAGAGAAUAACCAUGCUAAGAAAUAUCCUCGGACAAUAUAUUCCACCAGUUUGCGAAUGUUUAGAGGUUAAGAAGUAUGCUGCAGUACGCCUGGGAUCAGUUGAAGUUCUGGAGACAAUGCACUCAGCUCUUCAAGGACACGUUCGCUUAUCGUUGCUGACGGAAGAACUAAAGGAACACAUAUUAGACAGUUUAAAAUACGUCUACAGUGACAAGGAACCUAACAUCCGGGAUAAAGCCUUAGAACUGAAAAACAAAUUUCUAUCUCUUGGCUCCACUGGUUCAUAGAGUAAAUUUCCAUCUCUGUUGGUGACACUUGAACACGGUUGGAUACGUGUGAGAGGGGAAACAUGGUCUGCUUUCUAGCGGUCAUAGUACGGAGUGAAGACGAAAAUGGUGUGCGAUCUAACAUGGACCAGCUUUGGAAUGUACUACAGCGACUUGCACCUUCGCUUGGGCAGUACAGGGUGUGUAUUCAGCGCUAGAUCAAUAUAGCUGGAUACAGAAAGGUGGAUACGCGCUACGUUUUACUCGCGUGCGUGCCUCGCAGCCUCUUGAUCAGCGAAAUAAUUCGCUAAGGAACUCCUCGGCUUGCGAUGCUCUCAGCUCUCAUAUUCACGUGCUAUCAUAUUCACGUCGUUUCGCGUUCAGGUGAUUCUCGCGGUCACGCAAUGAAACUGUGGCUUUUUUUCGAUGGUAACACUCCCUUAUGAUAAGUCUUCCUCUGCUUGCACCUCACUUCUUUGUUGAGCAUUGAAAUCAGGUUAAUGUGUCUAGUCCUUCAUAAAGAGCGAUAAAUCCGAUUGAAUUUAUCACCGCUGUUUGUCCUUUGGGAAGGCUGUAUGAUAAGGAAUCGAGAACUGUGUAAAACAAGAAAAUCACUUUCGGAAAAAAAUACUUCAGUCUUCAUGUAAAAAAGAAAUGUUACUAUUUCCUUGUUUAUCAGAUCAGACAUGCGGUCUGCAAAGCACUGAAAUGGCCUGAUAGAUAAUAAAAUUAUCUUGAUUAGUGAGC